AUGGGUAUCAUAUCAUGCAUUCAUUCCAUUUUAUUUGUACUAAUGGUUGCCCAGGUGAUACAUGGUAGUGAGAUAGACCUUAAGCUUGACUCUGUGAUCCCUCCAAAUAUCACCACCGAUUAUGCAAACUUCUUCACACACUCUGCCUUUCGUGUCCUGAUCGGGGCCGAUCCACCGACAGCUUUCAAGUUUAUGAAAGUGAGCGAGGCAGAAUUUCCAGCCUUAAAUGGUCAGGGUGUUUCUUAUGCUGUUCUGCAAUUCCCUUCAGGCUCCUUAAAUCCGUCCCAUCGCCAUCCUCAUUCCGCCGAGCUUCUUUUUCUUCUUAUAGGCUCUCUUAAAGUCGGAUUUGUAGAUGCAAAUGAUGUGUUACAUACUAAGACACUUCAAGCUGGAGAUCUUUUUAUUUUCCCCGUGGGAGUUGUCCAUUAUCAGUACAACUAUGGGCGGGACUUGGCUUUCGCGAUUUCCGCCUUCGGGAGUGCAAAUGUUCGAACCAUAACUACUCCGGGUCUGUCGAAAAGAUUACCAAGUCUUGCAAGAUUGAUGCAUCAAAUGUUGAGAAGAUGA